AUGACACCUGAUGCCAACCGCGCUUAUCCUGCCGCCACGCCUUCCGUUGGCUACGCCCAUAUGAACUACGCUGCGUAUCCCACCCAGCCUCUGUCAACUACUCCCCACGCCAUUCCGACAACCCAAGUCGCUCCUCCAACAUCGCCGAACUUUCAACACCCCCCGAAUGCCUCCUCUUUCACCGCAUCGCAGCCGUUCACGCAGCAAGCAGCACGUCUGCCGCCUUACCAAGGCCAGCCUAACUACGGUGGGACAUACACUCCGUCGCCUGCACAGCCGGGACCUGCAUAUCCUUCUGUCAUGCCCUCGCACCAACACGUCAACCAGCCAGUUCAAACGCCAAUGAUGGGUCCACCCAUGCGCUGGGGGUUUGAGCACACGGGGCUGGCAGGAUCUUUCGCUGGAGCUCAGCGCAGUCCUCAGCGCGGUGGGCGCCCAUACAAUGGUUACAAUGCUCAGCCACCCACCGGUGACAGGCCAACGAAUUAUACGAACAAGCGUGAUCAUAGUUCGGCGUUUGGGAAACCUCAAUCAGUCGCGCCGCGAAUUCCCGCCCCGCCUCCGGUUCCGAGCUUUGGGAAUCCUCUGCCCUCAAAACCACCCCCACCGGCCGAUGCCACGCGGAAGCCGAAAAAGAAGAAGAGAAAGCAUAAUCAACUUGGAUUGACACCGAAGACCGAGGAACAUGAGUCGAGCGAGGAGGAAGACGAUGCAGACGAAGAAGCGAGACUGGCAGCCGGAGGUGGUGGCGCUUCAGCAUCUCUCCAGAUCACAUACCGAGGGAAGACCGCUACCCUGCAAUCACAGGAGGAUAUUGCUGCCUGGAUCAAGGAGCGGAGGAAACGGUAUCCAACCCAAGCGAGAGUGGAAGAGAAGAAAAAGGCCAUGGAAGAAGCAAAGAAAGCGCGCCAGGAAGCGCAACGGCAAAGGGAUUUGCGAAAGCAAGAAUUGAAACGAGCGCAAAAGGAUGGUCGAAAUCGAAAAGAGCACGACAAGCAAACCAAGGAGCAACCUGCCGACCCCAUGGACGCCGCUGCGAAGGCCAAACAGAAGGCGGACAAACUGCGGCGAAAAUUAAUGAAAGAAGAGAAGCGUGUUGCCAAAGCCGAGGCAGAUGCUGAAAGGGCCAGGAUUAGGGCCGAGGAACUACAAAAGGGAUCGACAGAUGCCAAUGUGGACAAGUCAUUGGCCACUCCAGAAGCUCAGGCCCAACCGAAUGGCCCAGAUCCCGAGAGUAAGUCUGGCAAGCCCGCGUCCACCGCGGCUGAGGGUUCAGAAAUCAACCACUGCGACACCACGCCGGCGACAGAUAUCAAGUCAGACACUGGAAAGUCCGAAGAGACUCGUGAGGGUGACGGGCUUAGCGUCCCAUCUUCAGAGAUAUCCGAUAGCAGCGAUUGGACGUCGUCAAGUGGGUCAGAUUCGUCGUCUGAUGAUUCUGACAGCGAUGAUGAUUCCGCGCCGGAGGAAGCGAGCUCUCGACGAGAGGGACCCGAGCGGCUACCGCCACCGGCCCGUGACAGCAAGAAAAAGGUAUGCAGGCACUUUGCUCGAAAUGGCCGCUGCGCGCGUGGGCAAAACUGCCGAUUUUUGCACGAGGCGCCUGAGCGAGCAAGUAAAGCAAAGCCGACGGAACCACAGGGACGAAAGGGGCUUUUACAAGCGCUUCUGGAGCGCCAAAAGGGAGAAGAAGACCGGAAAGUCAUGGAAGCAAUUGCAUGGCUUGGGGAGAACGGGUUUCUGGAUGCACCGACGGACCUAGGGGACGCCAGCGACAAGACCUCGGUGACCGAGGGCGCGGAAAUUACACGGCAUGCUGAAAAGGAGCAACAGGCAGCACCCGAAGCCACAAUUUCCGGGCAGGAAGCCGAUGCGGCCGCCGUCACUGCGUAG